AUGACGAGCGUGGAGGCCGUGACGAGCGCGCUCGAGAAGCUCGGCAUCAAGCCGUGGGGCCGGGCCCUCGCUGCCCAAGCGGUCGCGAUUCUUGAUGGCUUUGAAGAAGAUGGGUCUGGCGGCGUCACGCAUGCGGCGUGCAGAGCCGAGUAUGACGUCCACUCGGCGACGUGCCGCAGCCUGCAGCAGCGCUUCGACUUCGCCGGACUCGACCCUAAGCCCAUCGACCGCAACGGCAAGCCGAUCGAAGCCAAGGGCCCUGCCAUCUCGAUCGCCUGCUCAACGAGUACAAGGGCAAGUGGAAGAGUGGCGACACGAGCCUCGGUGUUGCCGCAGGUGUGGGCGGUGGGCGAGGACCGAGACGAUGGCAUGCACUCGCUCAUGCACCUCCACUUCAUCGCAGUGGGUCGCUUUAUGGAUGGUUACAGUCGUAUGCGUCCCACACAAGACUACCCCGGGCGCGCCACGAUAAGCCCCGCUUAG